AUGGAAGCUGUCUAUGCUCGGCACGCUUCGCUUCAAGAUUUUGAAGAGUUUUGGCGAGACCAUUAUGAUUGGCUUAAGGAUCGCGGCUACCUUCUUCGACCUCGGUAUAAUCCAGGAUGGGUUGCCUCUUGGAUUGGGACUAAUGAUCUAUCCCCAGAGGACUUCGAAGACUACUAUAUCCCACAAUGCUUGUACAACGUCGACGCGAUCCGCAUUCAAGACGGGAAGUCCGUCCUACUUCGACGGGCGGAUCCACCUUCUGUUUCCGACGAGUUGAAAAUUGGUCGCUUACUCUCAUCUCCAGAGCUACGCUCAGACCCUCGGAACCAUUGCGUCCCUAUCUACGAAGCCCUCGAAGGACCGAAGACCGAGACACAGAGAAAUAUCAUUGCAGUAAUGCCAUUUUUAGCUCGCUGGGAUGAUGCAGAGUUCAACACUGUGGGGGAAGUCAUAGAUUUCUGCAAGCAGAUGUUCGAGGGCCUACAAUUCAUGCAUAACCUGAAUAUCGCACAUAACGACGCUAAGGACACCAACAUAAUGAUGGACUGGUCUCCAAUCUACGAUAUUCCCCCUCAUGGAAUAAAUGUUGCCAUGAACGCAAACUGGAGUGGUUUGGCCAAACCCCACAGUCGCACUACUCAUCCAGUCAAAUACUAUUUCAUUGAUUGGAACUUGUCAGGGCAUUAUGAUCCAUCAUUGGGCACUCCGAUGCUGCGUCCUGGUUAUGGCGGUGAUCAAUCUGUUCCCGAAUUCAAGAGGAAUGAACCAUGUAAUCCGUUUGCAGUGGAUGUUUAUUGUAUGGGAAAUGUCAUUCGAAGAAGAUUUGUAUCUGGUUGGGUUGAAGCUGGACUUUCACCGAGGCGAAACGUUGAGUUUCUGCAAGACUUGAUUUUUGAGAUGACCAACGACGAUCCGUCAAAACGACCAACCAUGAAUGAAGUAGCUUCUCGGUUUGAGCAUAUCUGCAGAGGACUGAGCUGGUGGAAAUUACGAUCCAGGGUAUCAGACAAACGAAUACCAUUCUUUUUUCAUGUUCUCUACUCCCCGAUUCACUGGGUCGUCCAGCUCACAACGAAUACCGGCUAUACCAGCUUAUGCUAA